AAUUUGACUAAUUAAGGAGAAGGCGUGUAGUGACUAUAAAUAUUGAUUUCUCAAUAUAUUCAUACCCAAAAUCAACAAACGCACUUAAAUAGACUUGUUCAACAUUCUUCUUUCAAACUCUACGACUAAUUUAGUUUUUUUCCCCCUAAACCAACAAAAUAUAUUAAUAUUCCCCACCCAGGCAUCUUCAUCAUCAUUCAUCCACCUUUAAUGUUGAUUCCUACCUCCUCCGAUUCCUUCGCAUCUCCAACUCUCAUCACUUGAAUCAUUUUUUUUGUUCAGCUACUCUCAAUCUCUUCUCGUUUACGCCACUAAAUCGGCCAUGUUUACAUUCGUGAAUCUCGGUGUAGUUGUUUUCUCUAUCGUUUUUGUGGGUGUGGUUUCGAAAUUCUUGUCAAGAACAAGUUUAAUCCAUUCGUUGAAGAAAGUAUGGCGUUUACUGCAGGAGAAGUGCUAUGUCUACCAGUUCUACAAGGUGCCGAAAUUCAACGAAAACAUGCAGGAGAAUCAAUUAUACCGGAAGGUUAGCACGUAUCUUAAUUCUCUGCCGUCCGUCGAAGAUUCAGAUUUCGCGAACCUCUUCGCCGGCACGAAGCCAACUGAAAUCCAUCUGGUUCUGGACGAGAAUCAAAUCGUUACGGACAAGUUCCUCGGCGCCAGAGUUUUUUGGAGGAGCGAAAACGGCGAGAGAGACGGCGACAAGUCGCUGGUACUGAAGAUUAGGAAGAACGAUAAGCGGAGGGUUUUGGUGCAGUAUUUGCAGCACAUUCAUCAGACGUUUGAUGAGAUUGAGCAGAAGCUGAAGGAGGUGCGGUUGUUCGUCAACGUAGACGACGGAACGGAGAGAAAUGGACGGUGGAGAUCGACUUCGUUCACGCAUCCGGCGACGAUGGAGACCAUGGUGAUGGAUGCGGAUCUGAAAACGAAAAUCAAAUCGGAUUUAGAGAAUUUUUUGAAAUCCAGGCAGUAUUACCAUCGAUUAGGCCGCGUUUGGAAGCGAAGCUACCUGCUGUACGGGCCGGCGGGGACCGGAAAAUCCACAUUCAUAGCUGCGAUGGCGAAGUUUCUGAGCUACGACGUCUACGAGAUCAAUCUGCACAAGGUGCGAAACGACGCCGAUUUGAAGUACCUCCUCCUCCAAACGACGAAGAAGUCGUUGCUCGUGAUCGAGGAUCUCGACCGUCAUUUAGAGGAUAAAUCGACGGCACUGAGCUUGUCCGGAGUCCUCAACUUCAUGGACGGAAUAUUCUCCUGCUGCGGCGAGGAGAGAGUCAUGGUCUUCACCAUGAACAGCAAGGAAAACGUCGGCGCGUCGAUCCUACGCCCCGGGAGAAUCGACGUCCACAUCAACUUCCCCCUCUGCGAUUUCACGGCGUUCAAAAAUCUGGCCAACAGUCAUCUGGGUUUAAAAGAGCACAAAUUAUUCCCUCAAGUAGAGGAGAUUUUCCAAACCGGAGCGACGCUGAGCCAGGCCGAGAUCGGUGAGAUCAUGAUAUCGAACCGGGGCUCGCCCAGCCGGGCGCUGAAAACCGUCAUCACCGCGCUGCAGGGGAAUCUGGCGUCUCGGGUCGGGAAGAGAUUGAGCGGAUCCGGGUCGGGUCGGACACAAGACGAGUUGGAUCAGGAGCCCGUUAAGGAUGGGCAAAAUGGGAUCCACCCGAUGAAGGAUAUCAAGAAUUUUUAUGGACUUUUGAGGGCGAGGAGCAGUAGAAAGGCUUCGAUGGAUAAAUUUGAGAUCGACCCCAGUGAUCGAGAGAAUUCCAUUCAUGCCCAUGAUACUUGACCUUCACUUAUUUGCUUCCAUUUGGGUUUCUCAAAUUUGAAACCCUCCUUCUCUUUUUGUAUAUUUAAUUUUAUUUUUUAUUUUUGUCAGGUCUCUUUUAGGGUUCAUAUUUUAAGAUAUUAAUUUAGCACACGAUUUGACAAAGAGCUUGUAGAUGAAAAUUUGUAGAGAGAGUCUAUUAUCGUUUUCUUUUAAUUUAUUUCAUAAUUUUUUUUCUCAUAUAUCUAAUGGAGUAUUUUUGUUGCC